AUGGCUUAUCACCCAGCUCUUCUCUUCUCUUCGCUAUUCGCAUUCAUAUCACUUGUGGGCCUCCUGCCCCUCGUCUCGGCAUGGGAUGGGCCUCCAUUGCAACCCACCAUCCCCGGCAUUGCGUUUGGGCUCACUCCUGACAUCGGCACGAUCGCGAUACACUUCCCGAAUGGCACGGUUGUCCAGAUAGACCGCACUGAAUGGAAACAGUCGCAGUCAUACAGAACCUUCAUGAGGAAACCCGACGGCCUUGCGGCGGAUGUUGAGCGAUGCAACUGGCUGCCGUCAAACUCUACCGACUAUGACAGAAAUGCCGACUUUGAAGUUGUGAAAGCUCUCUUGACCGAAUUCAAGGCUGUGGUCGAGGCAGUGCUCGGCACACAGAUAUGCUUCGCCGAACUCGUCAUCCCCGACCUGCGCCAAAGUUACCAGCGCCGUGUUAUCGAGGAGGCGCUUGUUGCGGUUGGUCUGAGGCAGAUGCUCAGCACUUCAGACGCCCCCAAGGCGGCGCUUUAUGCCAACGACAUCGAACAUCCGGUCGUCGAUGAUGAGCAAGUCGUCCUGGUUGUGGGCUACAGCAAAUCCCACCUGAACCUCGCCCUCUUCUUAGACGACGAGGGCCUCGUAGAAUCCAUCCGCCAAGACUACCAGCAAGGUCUCGGCGCAGACGACGAGCCGCGCCAGGAGCACUGGCCCGACGUAGUGGUAGCCCUUAAUCAGAUCUCGUCGCCGCCGUUGGGAAACUCGGAAACGGGCAGCUCUCUGCCGCGGAACAUCGAAAAACUCGUACUGUACGGGGACGCACUGGAGGCGAAGUUUCUCGACGUCUUGAGGUUGGCCGUGGGUGCGGAGCUCGUGGACAGGGCGCACGUCUACAGCUCGGCGGGUGCAAGUACCGUGGGCAUGGCGCAGAUGGCAUUCAGGCUUCAGGAUGGGAACGAGUUUAGGGAGGCGGCGGCAAUUGGAUGCACAGGGCAAUCUAGACUAUAA